GGCAACUUCAACCACCGGCACACCGCUCCAGCGGCACGACACCUGGAACAUCAUCCAUGUGCAGUUCAAAAAACGAAGUGAGCGUCAAGCUCACCUGGAACAAAGAUGGUGAAGAGGAAUUACAGUCUACAACAGGUUCUGGAUGGAAACGGUGAACGUUGAAGAUGUUUGAUUUAAGGUAGAAAACGGCCUUGAAGGAAACUAGGCAUGCUCUUCUAUCCUUUUCUGGAUAAGCUUCAUCCAACCUUUGCUAUAAUUGAAACCAGAAGCACUCUCGAAUUGUUAUCAACAGCAAGGUGCUCCAAGGUGGUAUCCAUUAUCCAACAGUUGGAGUUCGAAAAAAGGGUCUUCCUUUCAGAGAUAAUAGGAGUCAAGGCUCGCAAACGCCUCUCACAGUCGCAGAGUGUGAAAGUGAACCAUUCACUGUUCAUCAAGGCCAGCCUCUCUGAUGACAAUGAUGCCAUCAGCUGUGUCAUCAACUCCCAUGCUUAUUGGAUUUUGGUGGCUCAGAAUAUGCAGUCCAAGUAUUCGACAAAUUCCCCAUCUAUAUUCCUUUGAACACCCUCAUUUGAAGCACAUUUAGUACGCUAUGAUUUCCAAAAAUUGAUGGUUUACAUUGUUCCAUGUUU